AGCGACCUUGCAACUUGAGUUUAGUUGGCUCCUCGCCACUGCGCUCGUCGCAUCAUUUGUCGCGCUUCUUACUACAUUUAUAAUUAUGUUACUACAUCUACAUUAAGACAUGUACUAAUAAUAAAUAAAUCAUAGUUUCAUUCAGUUCACCCAGCGAUCUCUCAAAAGUAACGUAACCAAAGACUGAUAACAAACGUGAUAUAAAAAUAGUGGAAAAUUACUGAGAAAAACGAGAAAAUCAUGGAUUUUGAGACAGCUCUAUCAAGCCAAAUAGGGAAGUUCGGGGUUUAUCAGUUGUACAACAUAGGUCUGCUGGCGGUGGUCGGCGUGGCGUCGGCGUUCAUGGCGGGGGACUACGUGUUCACGGGGGGCCGCCUGCCGCACCGCUGUCUCGUGCCGGAGUGCGAGGGACUGCAGACAGACUUCACCACAAGUUGGCUGCCGAACGCCAUACCCUACGAUGCCCAAACGGGCUUCGAUGACUGUCGGCGGUAUCCGAGCGUGCCAAACAUAACGGACACAACAGAUGGCACCAGCUGUCCAGCUCAUCUCUUCGAUACUACUAGGACCGUCUCGUGUGAAGCGUACGUGUAUGACAGAAACAACACGGUGGUGUUCGACUUCGGGCUGCCGUGCCAGGAGUGGCUGCGCGCGCUGCCCGGCACGCUCAACAGUCUCGGCGGCAUGGUCGCGCUCCCACUCGCGGGGUUUAUAUCAGACUACUUCGGCAGGCGCAUGUCGAUACUUAUAUUCACAUUCAACAGUGCUACGCUGGGAUUGAUUCGCGCGUUCUCUGUGAACUACCCGAUGUAUGUCGCUCUACAGUUCCUACAGACGGCUCUCGGAGGCGGGGGAUACAGCGCCGCAUACAUUUUGGCUACAGAGAUCGUCAGCCCCGAGUAUCGCGUGCCUACCAGCGCCACCAUGUCUUCAUCAUUCGCGCUCGGCCAAGUGUUCAUGGGACUCAUAGCCAUGGCAGUCUACGAAUGGCGGAAAAUCAGUAUAGCACUUUAUGCACCCAUGUUUAUAAUUGUACUUUCCUACGGGUUUAUAUUAACUGAAAGUCAUCGGUGGCUUCUAAGCAAAAAUAAAAAUGAACAGGCCAAAAUGACUAUUAAAAGGGCAGCAUGGUUAAAUAGACGCGAAAUCGACGACGCAUCAGUAGAAAAUCUGAUUACAGCCUUUAAUUCUGGCCCAAAGCCUGACUACAGCGACAUAAAUGAAGAAUCAUUAUUGAAGCGUAUACUGAAAUCGCCGAUAAUGCUGCGUCGCUGCCUGACGACGCCGGUGUGGUGGGCGUGCACCACGUUCGUGUACUACGGGCUGUCCAUCAACUCGGUGCGUCUGUCCGGCAACAUGUACCACAACUACGUGCUGACGGCGGGCGCGGAGGUGCCCGGCUACUGGCUGGCGGUGCUGCUGCUGCAGCGGCUGGGGCGCCGCAGCACGCUGCUGGCGGGGUACGUGACGUGCGCGGCGUGCUGCGCGUGCGUGGCGCUGCUGCCGGCGCCGUGGGCGGCCCCGCGGCUGGCCGUGUACCUGGUGGGCAAGUGCAGCAUCGCGCUGGUGUUCACGUCGCUGUACCUGGCCACGUCGGAGCUGUACCCCACGCGCCACCGCCACUCGCUGCUGGGCUGGUCGUCCAUGGUAGGCCGCGUGGGCUCGGUGCUGGCGCCGCUCACGCCGCCGCUCGCGCGCUACUCCGCGCCGCUGCCCGCGCUGCUGUUCGCCGCCGCCGCGCUGCUGUGCGCCGCGCUCGUGCUCACGCAGCCCGAGACCAAGGGAGCCAAGUUACCGAACACGAUAGAAGAAGCCGAAAUGAUUGGGAGAAAUAAAUGAUUAUUCCUACAUA